AAGUCUCAUCGAAACAUUCAAAAUAUUAAACAAUUUAAGAAAAUCUCAAAAUUUCUGAAAAAAAAAUCCUAACAUUAUUAAAAAUCUAGAAAAAUGAGUCAAGAAGUUGAGGAAACUUUAAAAAGAAUUCAGCAACAUAAAGGCGUUGUGGGAACAAUCGUUGUUAAUAACGAAGGAGUUGCUGUCAAAAGCAGUCUAGACAACACAUCAACCGUACAAUAUGCUGGACUUAUGGGCCAACUCGCUGAUAAAGCACGAAGUGUAGUACGAGAUCUUGAUCCAUCAAAUGAUUUAACAUUCCUUAGAAUUCGUUCCAAGAAACACGAAAUUAUGAUUGCACCUGACAAAGAUUUCAUCAUGAUAGUUAUCCAAAAUCCUACAGAUUAAACAAAAAUGAUUUUAUAACUUAUUCAAUGCUGAUUUAACUUAAUAAAAUCGCUUCUCAUGCUUUUCUUAUAAAAUAA